AGAGGGCGGUUUGAUGGGGAUUGGGUAUUAAAUUAAUAGAUUGCUGUGACAGAGAGCUGUCUCAUUUCCGGGGAAAUGGAUCUGAGAUCUCUAUAAAACUGCUCCUGUCCCAGGGAUCUUCAUUCCCUCCUCUUGUUUUCCUCUCAAGCUCAGGUCACCCUAAAACACGACAAUGUGCUCCCGCCAGGACAAGGACCAGUGCCACAGGCAGGAGCGCUACACCUGCCAGAGCAGCGGAGGCUGCCACGGGAGCAGCGGUGGCUGUCACAGCAGCGGUGGCAGUGGCUGUCAUAGCUCCGGCAGCGGCAGCAGCUGUCACAGCUCCGGCAGCACUGGUGGCUGCCACAGCUCCGGUGGCAGCGGUGGCUGUCACAGCUCUGGCAGCAGUGGCAGCUGCCACAGCAGCAGUGGCUCCAGCUGCCAUGAGAAGCCACAGGUCCAGUGCCAGCAGCAGCAGCAGCAGCAGGUCCACCAGCUGCCCUCGCAGAAGCUGAAGUGAUGGGGUGGCCCGCACACCCCGGCUCCAGCAGCAAAGGCCACACAUGGACCAGCUCCCUCCGGCCUCCCCAAAGCUUUGCAAGCCCCAGGAGCUGCCUGGCUGCAAACCCUCUCCUCUGCCCUCCAGGACCAUCGGUCCCUGGGGAAGGGGCAUCACUUGUGGUUCCCUGCUGCCUCCGCCGGAUGCACCAGGCUGUGCUUUGCCCCCAUGAGGGGCCCAUGAGACAAUAAAGCAUUAAGUUCCCAAGA